CAUAUAUAUUUAUUCUCCAUUUGCUCAUCAAAACCAUCACCCUUUACUACGUAGCCUACAGAGUGAGCCGCAGCCAAGAAAAAAAUGGCCAAACUCGCCUUAGGAACUCGCCGAGAGGCCACUCAGCCCGAUUGCAUUAAAGCCCUUAUCGUCGAGUUUAUUACCACCUUCAUCUUCGUCUUUGUCGGAGUAGGAUCCGCCAUGGCUGCUAAUAAAUUGCUGGGAGAUUCGUUAGUGGGCUUACUUUUCGUGGCUGUGGCGCACACUCUAGUUGUGGCCGUAAUGAUCUCUGCCGGCCAUAUUUCCGGUGGUCAUCUCAAUCCCGCGGUCACUCUAGGACUCCUUGCCGGCGGUCACAUUACUGUUGUCCGAUCGAUCCUUUAUUGGAUUGACCAAUUGCUGGCUUCUUCAGCUGCUUGUUUCCUUCUCAGUUAUCUUACAGGAGGAAUGGCAACUCCGGUACAUACCCUGGCAAGUGGAGUUGGAUAUCUCCAAGGAAUAGUGUGGGAAAUUAUUCUAACAUUCACCUUGCUCUUCACUGUCUAUGCCACCAUUGUUGACCCUAAGAAGGGUUCCAUUGAUGGGCUGGGCCCAACUCUGACUGGGUUUGUAGUCGGAGCUAAUAUCUUAGCCGGCGGAGCAUUCUCUGGGGCUUCCAUGAACCCGGCUCGAUCUUUUGGGCCUGCUUUGGUGAGCUGGAACUGGACUGAUCACUGGGUUUACUGGGUUGGGCCCCUUAUUGGAGGUGGGCUAGCUGGAUUCAUCUAUGAAAACUUUUUCAUUGAGAGGUCUCAUCUUCCACUUCCUAAUGAUGAAGAAGAAUACUAAACUACUAGCAAGUAAAUUAUAUGUUGUAGUUUGGAGUACUUCAAUGUUUUUUAAAUGUAUUAAACUUUUGUGUUUAGCUUGCAAUUAAUAACAUAUGAUUAGUUAUGUACUUUUUGUUAUGUUUAUGAAGUUCAUCUUUGUUAAUGUAUCUUUUUUGUGAAUUAAUUAAGAAAUUUUGUAUGCCA